GAGACUGAUGCGCAACCGGCCGGCUUUAAAAGCAGCGGGAGCAGCACUUACAAACCACACUUAACCUCGAGAACUCUCCUCUCCUCUGUUCCAGAGUUUAAAGAGAAAAGGCAACCAUGAACGCACACUGCAACGGAAAGGUCAGCGACGCCGGAGAGGAGUUCCACUGCAACAACAGCUUCAGCGACCUCAUCAUAGACACCAAGAAGUCCGUCGUGCACCGCAAGCACGAGACGUCCCGCAAAGAGGCCGAGGACGAGUCCCGCUUACCUGCCCUGGAGACCGCCUACACCAACAUCCUGCGGCACCUCGGGGAGGACACGGACCGGGAAGGGCUGCUGCGCACGCCGCUGCGCGCCGCCAAGGCCAUACAGUUCUUCACCAAGGGCUACCAUGAGACCAUCGAUGACAUCCUAAACAACGCCAUUUUUGAUGAGGACCACGACGAGAUGGUGAUCGUGAAGGACAUAGACAUGUUUUCACUAUGCGAACAUCACAUGGUGCCCUUCUUUGGCAAGGUUCACAUUGGGUACAUUCCCAACAAGAAAGUGGUGGGACUGAGUAAGCUGGCAAGGAUUGUGGAGAUCUACAGUCGGAGGCUUCAAGUCCAAGAGCGUCUCACCAAGCAGAUCGCCAUGGGAAUAUCCGAGGCUCUGCAGCCUAAAGGAGUAGCUGUUGUUAUUGAAGCAGCGCACAUGUGCAUGGUGAUGCGCGGCGUCCAGAAGAUGAACAGCCGCACGGUGACGAGCACCAUGCUGGGAGUUUACCUAGAAGACCCCAAAACCCGGGAGGAGUUUCUGACUCUCUCGCAGCGCAUCUAACAAAAGUUGCCUCUGUAAUCAGUAGCACACGGGUCCGCAUCUGAUUGAGAAAAAAUAAAAAAUAAAAAAAUAGCAACAACAACCUAAAGAAAAAAAGAAAAGAAAAAACAA